CUGUCCGCUUAAGCAGUCUUGUGCAAUAGUUUUCACCGAUUUUUUUUUUCUCCAUCAAGUGGUCGCGGGCCGUUUUGGUUCCAAAUAGUUGCGAAAAUAGCUUUGUUAAAGAAGUGCUUGUGGCUGGCAACGGCAUCGAACCGGCUGAAAACAAGAUCAAAUCUUCGGAAAUAUACCAGGAAGAGACAGACGACAGCGUCGAUUGGCCAAAGCCAGUGAAAAGAAUCGUAAUUGUUGGAAAAUGGUCGACUCCCAGGAACUAAACGGUGGCGAAUUUAACGAGGAUAAAGAAGUUCAAAGCGACGAGGAGAUGUUUCCGCUUACAGGAAAUUCGCAGCAACAAUUUGAGUUGAAAGAUUUAGACAGCCAAACGAUAGAGUUGUUCAACAGUCAGACUUACGCCGAUGAUGCGAACAAAGUACUAAACAACAACGAUUUUGCCACACAUUCUGAAGGGUUUGAACUACCAGUUUCGCUCAAGAGCCUUGAAAACCUAGAACCUGGUCAAACGAUCGACAUGGAAGUGUACACAGGUCACGUUGAUAACAAACCUACUUUUGCUAGGUUAGAGCAUCUGAAGCAGUUUCCGUCGAUCGACGCAAUGCUUGUGCCGUGGAUUAACUUCCAGGUAAGCCUUCCAAGUGAAGCAAGUGACAAGACUAGCUGGAUGUAUUCGGAAAUAUUGCGUAAGCUUUUCGUCAAAAUGGGGAACACAUGCACAUUUAACGUUUCCUUAGCAGCUGCCUCUGACGUGGCCACCAUUGUUCGGGUGAUGGUAGUUUGCUCGGCACCAGAGGACCUUCACAAUCCCGUUUCUCGUUGCGAUAACCACCGUUGCAGUGACAAAUCGGACAUUCUAGAUGAUAUUAAAACACACGUGGUACGGUGCAAAAAUGAACAAGUUAGCUACGUAGGUAUCAAAGAGGGAAAAAUUUUCGAGGAACGUCUGGCCGUUCUGGUCCCUCUGGGGCAUUCCAACAAGACAGGAAUCACAUUGGAAUUUGUCUGUCAAAACUCCUGCCGUAAUAUAAACCGCCGUGCCACAGCAUUGGUAUUCACGUUAGAAAACGAAGCAGGCGAAAUUUUGGGCCGUCAAACGUUCCAGAUAAAAAUCUGUACAAACAUCAAACGGGACAAGCUGAAUGAGGAAAAAGCGGAAAUGGAGGAAACCAUACGUAAGCGCAAAGCAGCACGUCCGCUGGAAAUGCGGCGAGGUAAAAAGCAUAUGCGAUACCAUUCCACUUCCCGGCAGCAGCAUCCGGGGUUGCAAAUCAAGGAGGAAUCCGGCACGAGACGGUGCGAAAUCGAGCCGGUUACUCUGCAAGUGACACUGCCAAAUCGUCGAAUUGCGAAGCGUAUGCUGGAGAACGCCAUCGGUCACGUUUCGACGGCCAUCGUGAAAACUUCCAGCGAAACCGAACGCAGCCAGCUGAUGCAGUAUGUACAAGACAUUCGGCGCACUAAAUCCUCGUUCGCGUUUGUCAAUAGCCAGAGCAGCGUGGACAGUGAUUGAUUGAAGCAUGGCGCGAGAUGCUCGCUGAACGGUACCUACUUAAUUUUAGCAUUUGAUGUAUGUUUGUGUUAUUUAUAAAGAUGUAGUUUUUUAAGUAUUAUAGUUAACAAAUUCAAAUUAAACUUGAAAAGAGUAAGUGAAACAUA